AUGGAUAAGUCAACCUUCAAAACCCUUCUUCGUUCCGUAGGGAGGGAUGUUGAAAGGCUGACGAACCCUGUUCUUUACAAACAAAAAUUACCAGUACCUCGUGAUGCUUUAAAUCGAAGCAAGAUCUUCUCACCUUUCACACGACACAACUUCAAUGAACUUCUCAUAGGAGGGCUCACCAAGCCAAAUAUCAGAUUGAUGGAACUUCAGGAAGCAAGGCUUGCUGAACCGCUGAAGAUGCACCAUGCCAAAGUUGAAGUUCACGACUUGACUUUGAGCAAAUCUCAACAAGAUAUAUAUCGCACGAAUUGUGAUAGCGAUUUUGACCAACUGCUAUCAAGACUAAAUGGAUUAGGGAAAUACAAACUGGGAAUCGACCACUUGGUCAACUAUGCGGCCCAGCAAGUAUCCGAUCCUGUAUCGAUGGAACAGCUUGCUAGUAAAGUUGUGGCUCGAGAAGAUUUGAAUGUCAAGCAGAAAGCCUGUUUUUUGACUCGACUACUAAGCUAUGGCGGACACAUGGUUCAACAUGGCAGUCACUUUUCUUCGCUAGACCAUCUUGUUGAGCAAGUCACAUAUAUAGCCGAUGAAGCGCUCCAAGGGCUCAUCUUGAGGUAUUAUCUGAAGCGUGGACAGUCUCGUGCAUUUAUAAAUUUAUUGGAAGAAUGUUUGAACCAAAGCUACUUACCAUCACCAGAUAUAAUAGUUGACUACAUUCAGCUCGUAGCAUCUCAAUCAGCUCCGGGGAGUCUCCGUUCCAGGAAGCAGUUAACUCCAUUGGCCCCAAUAAUAGCCAGAGUAUCCACACCUCAGUUAGUGACAGAACUAUCGAACCAACUUUCAACAGCAAAGGAAUUUGAGACGUAUCUCACUAUUUUGACCCGUCUUCCCAAUUGGCAUCAACUAAUCAGUGUGGGUCUUUCAAAUCUAACCAAAGCUGCCAUUCGCACAUCAUCAAAGACAAAUGGUUCAAAUGAGGCCUAUGCAAGCGCACUAUUGUCCCAACAGCUGCUACGCCUCGAGUCCAAAGCAGGGAGCACUCUGUCUGCUAAAACAGAAUUGGUACUGUCGUUAGUACAAGCCCACAUCUCGCUAGGUGAUUUUUCACGUGCAGCAAAGUACUUGCGGGACUCUGGCUGGUCUGUCCCCUUAGAUCAAGUGCUCAGGAGAAUUGUGAACACAACCUGUCAUUCAAUUCCUAAUCGGGACACUGCGCCUGGAUCUAGGGUUGUGGACAAGUCAUUUUUCUUUUUUGGGCUUAUUCAGCCCAUGUUACGUGAGUUUAUACAUUAUGAGUUAUUCAUUCAAGCGUUGCUGGCAUUCGAUUUGGAUGCUAGUGCUUUUGUUGAGCAACAGAAAUCUUCUUUCGAUAACACCAAGCUUAAACGACUUCAGGAACUUCUGAUGAACCCAUAA